AUGAAGGUACUAUGCGUUGCUGAGAAGAAUUCAAUUGCCAAAUCAGUAUCGCAAAUCCUUGGUGGCGGUAGGUCUACUUCCCGGGCGUCAGGCUAUACUUAUGUUAAGAACUAUGAUUUCAACUUUUAUGGGUUCCCAUUUGCCAACAGAGAGUGCCAAGUGACAAUGACCAGCGUUGCAGGUCAUCUGAGCAGUUUAGAUUUCGAUAAUAGCCAAUACGGCUGGGGUAAAUGUAACAUUUUUGAACUUUUUGAUGCACCACUGAGUGAAUUAAUGGACAAGAAUCAACAAAAGAUUGCAGAGAAUAUCAAAAGAGAGGCUAGAAAUGCUGAUUACCUAAUGAUCUGGACGGAUUGUGAUAGAGAAGGUGAGUACAUUGGAUGGGAAGUGUUCCAGGCUGCACAGAAGGGCAAUAGACGACUGACUGAUGGACUGGUAUAUCGUGCUAUAUUCUCGCAUUUGGAAAGAUCCCACAUAUUAAACGCAGCUAAGAACCCUGGAAAAUUGGACAUGCGCAGUGUAAGUGCCGUGGGAACCAGAAUAGAACUAGACUUGAGGACUGGUGUUUCAUUCACUAGGCUACUAACUGGAACAAUGGGGAAAAAGGUACAAGAAGCAAAUAACAUAUCCAAUGAUAGGUCGAACGGUAACUCGAGAGCAGGCAAUAAGAAUGAAAAGGUCAUUAUCUCAUACGGACCUUGCCAGUUUCCCACACUGGGCUUUGUAGUAGAUAGAUAUGAAAGAAUCAAGCAUUUUACACCUGAAGAAUUUUGGUAUAUACAGUUACAAUUAAACGACGAGGCUAAUGGACUUUCGACAACGUUUCAAUGGGAUCGCGGUCACCUCUUUGAUAGACUCAGUGUUUUAGCACUUUAUGAAAAUUCACUUGAAUUUGCAGGAAAUAAAGCAAAAGUUAUUGAUCUUCAAUCGAAACCAACUUCAAAGUAUAGACCUCUCCCUCUAACGACAGUUGAACUACAAAAAAAUUGCGCGAGAUACCUAAGACUCAAUGCGAAGCAGUCAUUAGCUGCAGCAGAAAAAUUAUAUCAAAAGGGAUUUCUUUCCUAUCCUAGAACAGAAACAGAUAUUUUCCCAGCAACAAUGGAUUUGAGAUCAUUAGUCGAGAAACAGGCACAAUUGGACGAAUCGACUAACUCCAAUAAAACGGCAUGGGCAUCAUAUGCUGCAAAUUUAAUAUCAGAAAAUCCAGAAACAAAUAACAGGUUCAAAUUUCCACGUAGUGGUUCUCAUGAUGAUAAAGCGCAUCCUCCAAUUCAUCCAAUUACUAGUUUAGCGCCAAACGCACAAAUUGAUUCAAUCGAAAGAAGGGUGUAUGAGUACGUUGCCAGACAUUUCCUUGCAUGUUGCUCUGAGGAUGCCAAGGGCCAAACCAGUACACUGACACUCGAUUGGGCUGAAGAAAAAUUUACUGCCAGUGGACUAGUCGUCUUAGAGAGAAAUUUCUUGGACGUCUAUCCGUGGGCAAAGUGGGAAACCACAAAGCAGCUACCAAGAUUAGAAAUCAAUCAAGAAUGUGAAAUUAGUAAGGCAGAAAUGAGAUCAGGAAGCACAUCUCCGCCAAAACCCAUGACUGAAAGUGAACUGAUCAUGCUGAUGGAUGCCAACGGGAUUGGCACGGAUGCAACAAUAGCAGAGCAUAUCGAGAAGAUUAAAGCACGAAAUUAUAUCAGAAGUGAGAAAAGUGGUAAAGAAACAAACCUUCAUCCGACAGUUCUUGGCAUUGCGCUCGUUCACGGAUUUGAAGCGAUAGGUCUAGAAGACUCAUUUGCUAAACCGUUUCAAAGAAGGGAGAUGGAAGAGGAUUUGAAAAAAAUCUGCCAGGGUGAGCUGACGAAGAGGGAAGUCCUAGCUGAUAUCAUCGAAAAGUAUCGAGGAUAUUGGACUAAGACAAAUCAAUCAAAAAACACUUUACUAGAGGUGUAUGAAAGGCUUAGAACAAGAAUUAGCUAA